AUGCGCAAGCACUACCUGCGAAAAUUCGAUUGUGGGGUUCCUGGAUGUUCAAAAGAUUUUUACCGAAUAGACAAGCUCAGGGAUCAUGUGCGCCAAGCACACAAAGGGAAUAUUAUUGAAGACGAGGGAUUAUUAAAAUUCGAAGGCUGUAAAAAACUCCCAGACGCACAGAAUGUCUAUUACUGCACGGCGCCUGGCUGUGAAUCUCGCAAAUCCAAACUAAGGGCAGACUUACUCCGGCACCAGCAUACCCACACAGCUAAAAUUGACCGACCGUACAGAUGCUCAAGAUGUGAACAGUCUUUCCUUUAUCCAAAAGGUCUUAAGCGGCAUGAGGCAACACAUCUAAAUAGUGAAAGUGAAGAUAAGGCAUUGAUUUACUGUGAGGUUCACUCAUGUCCGUAUGGGCCUGAUGGGAAGGGUUUCUCGCGAAGAGAUAUUUUAAUGAGGCACAUGAGACAUUACCAUCCAUUAUUAGUAGAGACUUCAAAGGAUUAA